AUGGAAUCUCCCGCUCCUACCUCUCAGCCCCCUUCGGACUCUUCUCCCCUCGAGGGUCUCCUCUCUGCCGUCUCCUCCGCACUAGACAAGCGCGCUGGCAAGGACAUCUUUGCCAUCGGAGGUAGCGUUGGCGACGAUGGCGACUCCUCUAGUGCAAGUGGUAACUCUAUUACAAUCCGAUGGGAUAAUAAGGAACAGGGACAUAGUCGCACUCUCAAAUUGCCCCUCAAUGAUGAUCCUGUCGCCCAAGAUGCCUUCAACACCAUGUUGGCUGAUUGCCAACCUGCAACCUUCGGCGUCGGCAGCCAAGAGGUUCUAGAUGAAGAGUACAGAAAAGCCGGUAAAAUGAACACUGAAGACUUUUGUACCAACUUCAAUCCUUACGAACAUGGUAUCAUCGAUACCAUCAAUCAGGUUCUGGCCCAAGCCAGUGUAACUGAUGCAAGAGGUCUUGGUGUGAAGGCUGAGCUUUACAAACUCAAUGCAAGUUCAAUGCGACUGAUAUUGUGUGCUCUUACUGAGAUUCUCCAGGUGUAUUCAGGGCCUUCUGGCAAGUUCAAGCCCCAUGUUGAUACGCCACGAUCUGAUCGCCAGAUGGGCUCGCUCGUCGUGAGUCUUCCUGUCAAGCACAAAGGUGGCCAACUCGCAGUAAGGCACGGUGGUCGUGAGAUUAUUUUUGACUGGGCACCGAAAAGCGUCGACACCAUUCAGUGGGCGGCCUUCUUCUCCGAUUGUGAGCAUGAAGUUCUGCAAGUCACAGAAGGUCAUCGGGUAACAUUGACUUACAAUCUCUUUUGGACUGAUUACGGCCCUGCUUCGAUGUCAGAUCAUCUUCGGGCUCUGGAUCAGGAAUCUCUUCAUUUCUUCACCGCGCUUGAGAAACUACUCGAGAACAAGCAUCUCAUGAAAGAUGGUCUCGUCGGAUUCUCUUGCACUCACGCGUAUCCUCACACGUCCAAAUCUUCCACCAACAACUUGCACCACAUGCUCAAAGGCAUCGACAUGGUGGUCUACCAAGCCCUCAAACGCAUCCUAGGCACAGCCGAAGUCGCCGCACUAGUCGAUGACGAGGAGUACCGACUUGACCAGCAAGAGUCAAUACCAGAGAUGAUUGAAUGGAGGAAAGAGCGCAUUCAGUACAACCCAGAUCUACCAAAACCCAAGGUCACUCAGGCCGAGCAAGACAUCUUAGACGAUAAGCUGGCUAUCGGUUCCGCUCCGAGACCUGCCAUUACCUUCUGGUAUGGCCAUCACGAUAAACAACUCGAUGCUGCUGAUGUUGGAGCGCAAUAUGGACCUGGCUGGGAAACGGAUAGGACUAAGUUUUAUCCUCGGAAAGAUGUCACUUGGUUGAAUGGCCCGCCUAACUCGGAAGUCUCCAAGGAACUUGCUGUUGCUUUUAUCACGUACGGUAAUGAGCCUGAAAUCAAUGGCUACUAUACUUCGGCUGUCAUUGUUGGAAAGGUGGGCAAGUCGUCGCCGGCGGACGUAAACACCAAGGGUGGAAGCGCUGGUGGUGAGAAAGAGGAUUAA